CCCUCACUCACUCAUCCUUCACCUAUCUGCAGGCGGGGCAGCUCUGCACACUCAGCACACCUACACUGCAGACUAGUCUCAUGGGCGGGACCUUCACCGAGCACUUCAUUGGCUACGGAUCAGCGAGGUGCGGGCUCUGAUUGGCUGACCGCUUUCUUUUGUUCGCUAUCACGGUUCAGCCGCAGGACGUUUAAGUUGAGAGAAGCAGAAGUGUGUUCGAGCUGACAGCUGCGGAUAGAGCGGCCGGCCAAUAGAGUCCUUAUCACUCGGGCGGGGCAACCGGAACCUAGAGAACAUGGAUCUGGACAAUAAAGUGAAAAAGAUGACUUUAGGUCAUGAAGAAGGAGCUGGAGCACCUUGCUUAAAAUGUAAGGAUAAAUGUGAGGGUUUUGAGCUUCAUUUUUGGAGAAAAAUAUGCAGAAAUUGUAAAUGUGGACAAGAAGAACAUGAGGUUGGAUCAAAUAACGAAGAUGACCAUAAAGUUGGCAAGCUGUUCGAGGAUACAAAAUAUACAACCCUCAUUGCAAAGUUGAAAACUGAUGGGAUUCCCACCUAUAAGCGGAAUGUAAUGAUUUUGACUAAUCCUGUGGCAGCGAAGAAAGAUGUUUCCAUCAAGACUGUGACUUAUGAAUGGGCACCGCCAGUACAGAACCAAACUCUGGCCCGACGUUACAUGGAACUGAUUCCAAAAGACAAACAGCCUGUGGCUGGUUCAGAGGGAGCCCAAUACAGGAAGAAACAGCUGGCUAAACAGCUGCCUGCUCAUGAUCAGGAUCCUUCCAAGUGCCAUGAGUUAUCUCCUAACGAGGUGAAGCAGAUGGAGCAGUUUGUGAAGAAAUACAAAAAUGAAGUCCUUGGUGUGGGAGAUGUCAAGUUGCCCAAAGACGUGGAGGCACCGGCAGGUGACAAGGGAAAGCCUGACAGUGGGGCCCGGAGCACCCUCGCAACUGUUAAGGGGCCAGAAAACAAGGCAGCCACAGCGCAAGGAUCUGCCUACUAUUGCUUCAAGUGCAAGGAGAACAUGAGGGAGGGUGACCCUGCUGUGUAUGCAGAGCGAGCUGGCUAUGACAAGCUUUGGCAUCCUUCUUGUUUUGUCUGCAACACCUGCAACGAACUCCUAGUUGACAUGAUCUACUUCUGGAAAAAAGGGAAGCUAUACUGUGGUCGCCAUUACUGUGACAGUGAGAAGCCACGCUGUGGAGGCUGUGAUGAGCUGAUUUUCAGCAAUGAAUACACUCAAGCCGAAGGACAAAACUGGCAUCUGAAGCAUUUUUGUUGCUUUGAUUGUGAUUGUGUCUUGGCUGGGGAAAUCUACGUGAUGGUGAAUGACAAGCCAGUGUGCAAGCCUUGCUAUGUGAAGAACCAUGCAGUGACAUGCCAGGGCUGUCACAAUGCUGUUGAGCCUGAAGCUCAACGUGUGAGCUACAGUGGAUUCCAUUGGCACGCCACAGAAGAAUGUUUCUUGUGCUCAUGUUGCAGCAAGUGCCUGAUUGGUCAAAAGUUCAUGCCAAUUGAAGGAAUGGUGUUCUGCUCUGUCGAUUGCAAGAAGAAAAUGACAUCCUAAGAAGGAAAAUGGUGUAAAGUCACAUCUAUGAUGAAUCUUGCAGCUAAUUGAAAGAGUACAUUUCAUAGUAAAGAAAAGUCUAUGCAUUUAACAAUGAAUGGUAAAGAAAAAAUAAACCCACAAUGGCUCUUUGUCGGAGAUGACAAGCUGAUUUUAAUGCAGGUGUUUUAAAUUCAGAACCACAACUUAUGCAGAAAUCGCCACAUACUGUAAUACUGAAGUUUUGUUUUUCCAUAUCCUACCAGACCGCUUUAUAUUGUCGCAUUCCUAGUUCUAUGGCUAUAGCACUUUAUUGUUGAAAGGUGACUUCCAUGUUGCUUAAAAAGUUGGCACGUUGCCCUGCCUACUAACGAUAGAAAAAGCAGCCCCCUGUUUUGUUGGCGCAGCACCUUUUUUAAGAUGUUGGCUGCAGUGCUCACUGUUGAGCUGUUAUAUAGGUUGACCACUAUGUUUUUCUCAAAAUGUUAUCAUGACUUUUAUCCUGUGCUUGGAAAAAAUAAAACUUUGAGAUGUUUUAAACAUUCCCUUUAAAUUAGGACACAUGCAUCGGGAACAUUCAUCUGUAGUGAAUAUCACAUUCAGUGCUUUGUGUCCCUUUUAGUCUCUUCCAUUCACAGUAAAUUUGAGUGUGGCAAAUAUAAAGACCUUGCCGUCUACAAAUGAUUUGUUUUUUUGCCGCGGAUACCUAUACCUGUCAAAAGCAGAUUGUACUCUGCAUUCAAAUCAAACUGUACAGAAAUCUCAAUGUGUCUGGCACUUACCUGUUGGAAAGGGAUGACAAAAACAUUAUGAAUUUAAGUGGAGCUUUAAAAUUAAAACCCUGCUAGAUCACUUCAGGCUGGUCCCUUUUUCUUUGCAGGUAUAGCUAUGUAAAACAUU